UAGUAUACGUUGACUUGGGUUUCUUCAACGACAAACAUACCAAUACACCACAGCCACAAUAACACACAACUUCUGUGCUGAGACCAUAGACAUCGAUAUUUUUUUUUGACCAAGGAUCAAUCCAAAGUGAGGUCAUCUAUUCAUAAUGGCUGAAGCACGCGGAAAAGCAUGGCCUCUUGCAGAUGAGGGCCUAACCAACUCCAUUUUGGACUUGGUCCAACAGGCUGGUGCCAAUGAAGCGACCAAGACCCUUAAUCGUGGUGUGGCGGAGUUCAUCGUCCUCACCGCGGAUACCGAGCCUCUCGAAAUUCUUUUGCACCUUCCCCUUCUUUGCGAGGAAAAGAAUGUUCCAUACGUGUUCAUUCCUUCCAAGGCAGCCCUUGGACGUGCAUGCAAUGUGUCUAGGCCUGUCAUCGCUGCCAGCGUCACGACCAGCGAGGCCAGGGAGCUGCAAAGCCAGAUCCGCAAUGUCAAGAUUGCGAUCGAAAAGUUGAUGUUCUGAUAUUCUCAUUGCGGAGCAAGACAGAUAACUGCUGGUAUUACGGUUGUUACAUCAUUUUUGUAUAUCUCCUGUAUGACAUGUAGCAACUAGAUAUCGAACGAGUAUCUUUUAAAGGCCACCUUUCCCGAAUUUCCAGAAUGUCCAAUAAGAUGAUCCCAUGGAGCCAGAUUCGGUUCGACGGACACUAUGCUGGUAACCAGCCUAGGGUAUAUUACCACGAAUGCUUGAGCGGUGUUAGACCAUUCCAUUUGAUAUCUACAGCUCGUUCCAUAGACUCGGAUGGACUGGUCACCAAAUAAUUCAUCCGCAAUCUAAAUCCAGUAUCGAGCGCAAACUUGAAGGGGCCUAGAUCUAUAGAAGGACUUGGGCUAGUUGCGAGAUCUAGUUUCGCAUGAUUACAGUUUCGUGCGAUUGCCAUGGGUACCGAUGAACAGCUAUGUGUUUC